ACCUUCCGGCUCUAAGAGCGCCUCCCACGGCGUCCUUAGCAACCGGUCUCGGUCCCCAGCGACCCUGCGUGCCGCGCUGCAGAUGAACCGCCCAGCACCCAGCCAGCUUGCUGGAGGCACUUCAUGAGCUGAAACAUCUCUCUUCAAUGUGUAAACAGUCUUUGUUUUGAUACUGCUCAUAAAUUUUAGGUUCAAGGUUUGUGAUCUGUGACUAUACCUGUUAACAAAGCACCUGUGAUUAAUAAACUUGGAGUAAUGUCUUCCUUUCCUGAAACACUCUUGAGGUUUAAUUUUCAAGAUUUAAGGAAAACAGGGAGUAACACAUCAAAGCCAUUGUUUUCAGUCACAAAAGAAUUCAUCAGGAGAUUCAACCAAACAAAAAAUCCAAAAGAGAAGGAAGAAAUUUUGGAACAAGCUAGAAAAAACAUUCUCAGAUGUAAGAGAAAAUUGGGUCUCGGAACCUUAGGCGCUGGGAGGCAAGUUCAUCUUCCUACAGCAUGGACUGAAGUGGUAUAUCUGGCUCAGUGCAAAGGAGAAAUCCAAGACGAAGCUUUAAAUAUGCUUUAUGCUUCCCUGGACCAUGCUUCUUUUGAUUAUGAUCAUCUGCCUGCCUUAUUUUUUGUUGCGGAAUCAGUUUUAUAUAGACUCUGUUGUGAUGCAUUCCUAAGGACGUACUUAUAUUCACUUGAAAUAAAGCUGGCAAAGAUUGGCUAUUUGGUCUUUUUACGACUUUUUAUAUAUUUCCUGCAUGGUCACCUAGAAAGUUUUAAACAACAUUUACUUAGACUUCAACCAUAUUUAUACGCACUUUCUUUCUCUGGAGAAUUAUAUUGCAAUUAUCCAAACAUCUUUUCAAAUGUUCAAUUCAUUCUGAAAACCAUGGAAAUUAUAUGUAAAAGAGGAUUUAUUUCUGAAUCAGUUUUUGGCCCUGUGGAAAUCAAGAAAGGAUAUGAUAACAUAGAUUCUGAUAUGAAACAUAAGCAAUUUAAUCGAGGAGGAUAUGAAGUUAACCCCCUGCUCUGGCACUGUGUUGCUGCCUGGUCUUGUGUUCAGAAGAACAGUCCUCAGUUGAAUAAGGUGCUUGAACAUCUCAUCUUUCAUAAAACCCAGCUUCAAAAGCAACGCUGGUUGGAUUCAGUGCUGGCUUUGUUGGUCCUUGGGGAGACUGCCAAAUUAAACAUGCCCUGCUUGAAAGCUUUAAUGGAACUGAUGAGAGAUUUUCUUUUAAGCAUUAUGUCUGUUCAGAAGCAGGAGCAAACCUGCAAGGUAAACAAUUUUUCCUGGGCCUGGAAUGUCGUCUACAUGUAUACAACAAUUCUUGCAGAAAUCUGCUUGUAUGCGGCCACUUCUAAUUUGCGAAAAACUGCUUUAAUUGGUUUCUGUGACUGUAAAAGUUCACAGAAAAUUUUUUUACCCAUGGACAAAUCGAAAGAACAGCCAGAAUUAAGGGAAACAAGUAUUUUAGGUCUUUUGGAAUAUUUCUCUUCAAAAAUGUCAGAUAAGUGUUGUCAAGUGAUAUGGACUGGAUACUACGGUUUAGUGUACAACUUGGUGAAAAUGUUGCGGGAACUUCGGGGAGAUGAGGAACAGGAUGGACUUAGAAAUGUAAUCUGGCAAACAUUGCAGAAAAUAAAGGAUCACGAGAAGGACGCGCGAGUCUGUAAUGCAACAAACAUAGCUCAGGCUGAGUUAAAUGACACAACUGAUCCUUUCACUAGUUACAAUACAAAAGUUUCAUCAAAUGUAGGGGAUGAAAUUUUCUCCAAAUAUAUAGGAUGGAGAGUUGCCAACACGCUUUCCAAACUGUUCUUCCCCUCCCCUGAUGCCUGUGUUCUUCCUUUAAAAAAACCCUUGAUAAAACGGGAUCAAGUGAAACGUCUGAAUAAAAAGGAUCCCAUGAAGAAGAGAGUUCUACAUUCUACUGUAAGGCUGGACUUGGUGAUUCACCUCUAAUGAACAGAAUAUGGCAGAAGUGAGGAGAUGCUACUUCCAACGUUAGGUUACAAAAAGAUAGUGGCUUCUGAGUUGGGGACUCUCUCUCACUUACUAUGAGGUAAAUCAACUGCCAUAUUGCCCCAAGGGGAGGCUUGAGUGGCAAGAAACUGAUGUCUCUGACCAACAGCCAGCAAAGACUGAGGCUUGCCAUCAGUCAUAUGAAAAAGCUUGAAAUCGGAUCCUCCUCCACUUGAGCUUUGAGAUGUCUGCAGCCUCUGCCAACAUCUUGGUUUCAGUGUUGUGAGAGACCUUGAGUCAAAGGCCGUGCCCAAAUUCCUGACCCAGAAAAACUGUGAGAUGAUGGAUGUUUGUUGUUUUAAGCUGCUAAUUUUGGAGUAAUUUGUUACCCAGCAAUGUGUAACUAAUAUAAUCACUACCCAGUCACUCCAUGAUGAGGGCCAUUAUACAACAAGACCAAAAACCCACCCAAAGCUUCCCAUUACCUUUUUACUAUCGUGCUUUUCAACACAAAUAAUUGAGAAAAGGGGCAUGAGGAAAAUUUGGGGAAUGAUAGGUAUGUUCAUUUUCUUGAACAUGAUAGUUCCAUGAGUAUAUAUGUGAAGAUGUAUCAAAUUAUAUAUUUUAAACAUAUCCAAUUUGUUGUGUGUUAAUUAUACCUCAAUAAAGCUGUUAAAAUAUGAAUGGAGAUCUAAUAUUCACCAAAUAUUUGAAAAAAGUCUCCAACAUAAUAGACAGAGACCCUAACAAAUAAAAAGUAAAAGUCACCUAGAGAAAACUGAAAGAGUGCAGAAGAACAGAAGAAAAAUUAAAAAAAUAGAUAAUUACCUUCUGAAAAAUAAAUGAAAAUUUUUUCAUCCAUGAAAAAGGUAGGCUAUAAAAGAAUAGCAUAAGAAUAAGAAAGAAAGAGCUCUUGGAAAUUAAAAACAUAAUAGUGGAAACUGAAAAUUCAACAGAAGGUUUUGGAGAUAAAGUUGAAGAGAUCUCUCAGAAAGUAGAAUAAAGACAAAGAGGAGGAAAACAGGAACAAGAAGAUAAGAAAAUGAGAGACACCGUUCCAGAGGUUUAACAUUAGAAUAAAGGGAAUGCCAAGAAAAAAAAAGAACAAGGAAGACAGAAGGUAAUUAUUUAUCAAUGAAAAAACUUUUUUUAAUUUGAAGAACCAAAGAUGAUUUUAUACAAUUAAGGGGCCCAAAUAGCGACCAAGUAAUAAAUUUAAAACAUUUAUUUAUUUAUUAUUAAAAUUUAAUAAGGCACUUCGUAUUAAUUAUUCAUUACUAUGUAACAAAUGCCUACAAAAUGUAAUAACUAAAAACAACAUACAUUUAUCAUCUCACGGUUUCACUGAGUCAGGAAUCCAGACAAACUUAGCUGAGUUCACUGAUUCAGGGUCUCUCACAAGGCUGCAGUCAAGGUGUUGGCCAAGACUAGAGUUUCAUCUGACUGCAAACUGGAGAAAACUCUACUUCCAAGAUCACAAAUUCUUGGCAGGAUUCAAUUCCUUGUGGGCGAUUAGACUGAGAAUCUCAGCAAUUUGUUUGCUGUUUGCCACAGACCAUUCUAGUCACUUGCCUUGUAGGCCUCUCAAAUAUGGCAACUUGAUUUAUCAAAGCAUAAAUGCCAAGAAGGCAAAAGAGAGAGUUUGCUGAUAAGACAGAAGUCACACCUAAUCAUGGAAGUGAUAGUUCAUUACCUUUGUCAUAUUCCAUUGGUUAGAAGCAAGUCAUUGGGCCAUACUAUACUCAAGAAGAGGGAAUUACACAAGGCAUGAAGCCUAGGAGGUGAGGAUUAUCAGGGGCCAUCUUGGAACUCUGUCAACCACAAAGUUCAUUGUGAAAAUUGGAAAACCAAAGAUAAAAGAAACUGAAAACUUUCGGUGACAGAAACUAUUAGCAAUCAUAAAACAUUCCAUGCGUUUCUGUUUUUCCAGAAGACUUCCUUGACGUUAUAUUAGAGUAGUGGUUCUCAGCCAGGGGUGAUUUUGCCUCCCAGGAGAUCUUGGUGAUGUUAAUAGACAUAUUUGAUUGUCACCAGUGGGACGUGUUACUGCCAUCGAGUGGACGGAAGCGAGAGAUGUUGCUAAAUAUGCUACAAUGCACAGGACAACUCCCUACAACAAACCAAUAUCUAGUCUAAAUGUUAAUAUGGCAAAGGUUUAGAAACUCUGGGUUAGAAUCAUGUAUUUUUUGCCAAGUACUAUGAGCAGAAGUGACAUGAUGAUUCUGUGCCAAAGCAAUUAAGAACUAGCAUCUUUCCUUUGCAAGUCUUUCUUCCUCUGCCAAAGUGAACUUGAAAACCACAUGUUGAGAUGGUGGCAUUACAAGAUGGGAAGAGCCUGGAUUCCUGGGUCACCAGAUGGAGGAGAGCUCCUAAUGAACUGCAUUAGAUUUUGUGUGAGCAAGAAAUAAGCAUUUGUUUUGUUACUUGAGAUUUCAGUGGUUAUCUAUUGAGAAAAUUAGCAAUAAAUCAUCUUAUUUAUAAUCUCAAAUAAUUAAAUAAUCUUAAAUAAUACAACUCCAGAGAGAAGUAACAGGUUACUACAAAGGUCUGGGAAUUAGGGAGGCAUUGGAUGCUGGAAAAGUGGUAACAGAAGCAAGAAGAUGGUCAAACAAUUGCCUCAAUACACUGAGGGGCAGUAAUAUCCACUCUAAAAUCAUAAAUAUCCCUUCCUUAGUAUUUAAAUAUAUUUCAUUGAUAAUAUUUGGAAAAUAGGUAAAAAGGUUUCAUAUAAAAAUUUAUCUGAAUCUAUUCUGUUCUUCAAGUUGGUUAGAGUUCAAAUAACAAAUGGCACUUGAAUAUUUUCCUGCCUCAGUUUAUUAAAUGUGAGAGUAGAAAAAGACAUUUUCAAGUUAUACUUCUAUUCACCAUUUCUUAGGAAGAUUCUUAAAAAUAUCUUCCCCCAAAAGAGGGAAUAAAUAAAGAAAAAGCAAUAUAGUAGGCUCAGAAAACACUGGUCCCGACAGAGAACAGUGUUGAGGAGUGUUCCCAGGAUGACAGUGACGCUGCAGGCCUAGAUUCAACCAGUUCGAAUUGGUGUAGGAAGACACUUAAACUCAACAUGUUCAAAACUGAAGUUAUCACUUGUUCUCCACCCAACCUCAAAGGGCUCUUUGAUACAUGUGCUCACUUAAGUCAAUAUGCACCCUUCUUCUCAGUAACACUACACUAACUCCUACUUAUCCCUCCAGAUUUGUUUCAGAAGUGUUCCUGGAGCCAUACCUCUUCCUGGGGCACAUUAUGUUUUCUCCUUCCUUGUGAAACCAUCUUCAUAAGUUUCUAUAAGCUGCCUUUAAAGAAACUUAAACACCCUUUGCUAUGUCUUUUGGCAUGUUUCAGUCAAUUACAUCACAAUCCUGUUAUCAUAACCACACAGGUUAGUGUUUAAAAUGAGACUGAUGAAAAGACCUCAGACUCUGAUGGCUAAAUUGAUUUAGGAGAUUGUAAAUAAACUGAAAUAGAACAUGAAUCUGCAAUGUUAGUGUGGCAGAGGACUAUCCUUGGCCUAGGGCUGCAAAAUUGUUGUCUGGGAAUGCAGGAAGAAUUGUUUCAGUGGAACAUGUCCAUUAGACAUUUUGACUCAAUGGAUUGAAAAGAAAUUAAAAUUCAAAUAGUCUUGACUUUGAGUUCCUUAGUUCCUUCUGUAAGCUCUAGUCAAUGUGAAAGUGACACCUGAAACUUUCUGGUAGGCACUGUAUAGGAAACCGCCAGAUCAAUAGUCUGUCUGGCAAGGAAAAGUUAGACUGAAACUGUAGAAGCAGAUGUCUGAGACAGAGCCCCUGGGAUGGGAUCAUUGGGAAUGGCAGAAGCCCAAGGACCCUGGAGCCUCCUUCAUCGGCAGUUUUUUAUGCCAGGCAGAAAUGGGAUCCUGCCCAGGCUGUGCAGAUGAUGGAAGGGUGAAAGCAGAAAAAUUUUUAACUCAAACUGAGCAGACUGUAUACAUAGAAUGUUUUGCACUGCAGGAACUACAAAACUAGGGCAAUUAAAUAGGUACCAGAUAUUUUAAAUGUGGGAUCAGGUAGUGGUAAUAGAAAUAAUUGAGUACCAGCUCUUUCUUUACUGAUCAAAUGGGAUAUCAAAAAUUAUCUUGAAACAAAUGAAAAUGGAAGCAAAACAUACCAAAACUUAUGGGAUGCAGCAAAAGCAGCU